GUAAGGUGUGAUGAUGAGUGAGUGUUGAUAGUGUGAUCAAGGUUGUUAUUGGUGCUGGUGAUGAUGAUGAUGAUGACACCUGUUAUCAUCCUCAGGGUCAAUAGUUUUAUCUCCUGGUGAACAUUUUUAUCUGUCAGGGAGUCAGUUCCUCUCUCACACUCGUCUAGUGUGCUCAACACUCGUCUAGUAACAUAACUGCUCUUAUACUUCUCUAUUACACUAGUUUAGGUAUCUAGUAGUAAUGUCUAGUUUAAUAUGGUGGAGACUGAUGGUGAUGGUGACUUUACAAGUGUUAACUACGACCUCGGCUACCAGGACUGUAUUAACACCAGAGGUCAACCCAGGUUGUGGAGAAAAAGAAACAGAUGCAAGAAUGGACUGUGAUGAACCUUGGUUAAUCCAUGUUACUGCCAAUGGCAAGAACGACUCUAUUCAUCAUCUAUGGGGUACUCAUGGAGCUCCCUCUUUCCUGGUGGUGACAACAGCUUUGAAUACAACUAUGACUGUCAACUGGACAGAGCUUGAAGUGCCAUCUAAAGCCUCAGUGACCUUUGAUAAAGACCCUGUCCAUGUAUUUGGCUUUUCCAUACCAAAUCUUAUUUUGUUCAAUGAUGUGCAUGACACAGGAAUUUUUGACAACUCCAGUCAAAGAUAUGUUGUUCCAAUGACGGAUUUUACUUGGGAAGUUAACAUGGUAUCCAACGACAGUGAUCAUGAAGUGGGCGCAAGUAUUCAAACAAAGACAUUUCGCGGAACUUCUCUACCUAAUGAAACCAAAAUUUCUGUUCAGUUAACAGCUUUUGGAGAGGAUGGAAGAAGCACAUUGUUGCCUCAUCUCCUGACAACCCCAGACUCAGCCCAGAUGGAUAUGAUACUCGACCAUCUGGACCUUAAUCUCACUUCUGACGAUAACAAAUUAUAUGUGGAAGACGAGGGGCCAGGAGACAUCAGUGGGUUUGCCAAUGCACGAUGGGCUAUGGACCUUGUUAUCUUUAGUUCAGAGGAAAUAAUAGAUGGUGAAGAAGGUAUUCAGCUUUCUGCCAGAAAGUCUCUUGACGAUGAAAACACACCAGGAGUUUUCCAUCUCUACGAGGUCAUGACAUCUCUGGCACGGAACGGCCAGCAAGGAGGGUACAUGCAAUGGCGACCUGUCAGCUACCUCAGUUCUGAUCGUGAUGUUAAUGUGGCCACGAACCCAAACAUCAAUAGCAGUUUUACUCUACUGAAGGAAAUCUCUCAACCCCUGAAAGAAUCCUUGUCAUAUGCAGUAUUUGGGGAUGAGUUGGUGGGAAAGCGAACAACUGCCAAGUCUGUUGUUUCAUUUGGCUUGACUAACGACAACUUUUAUUUAGCAAAUAAUUAUACCACAUGGUAAGAAAAAAGUUUGCUCAUUGAAAUGUGUGCUUUGUUGUAUAUGAUUUCCUGUUUGUUAUUACAGGAACAUAGUUAUGCUUAUUGUGGCCUUUCUUCAUUUUUUAGCUUAUCAUAUAGGUUUUGGUUUCAUGGCUGCAACACUACCUCUUGAAUCACAUUCCUAAUAUCUGCCACUACAGUUUUUGUAAAGAAUAUUUUUAUAAUCUAAUUUCUGAGCUGGUUUACACAAAUAAUCUGUACAUAGGGGAAAGAAACUUUAUGAUGUUUUGGUCCAACCUGGAUCAGUAACAAGUCACACUAACACAUGAAGGUGAGGGAGCCAGUAUGUAUGAGAGGAGGGCAGGGAUUGGACAAAGAGAGGAGGAAGCAAAGAGGAAGUGGAGAAAUAGUGGUAGAGGUAAUACUGGAGUGGAAGAAGUAGUAGAAGUAUUAAUGGUGGUAGUAGGCAGGGGAAGUAGUGGAAGUGGCACAAGAGACAAUACUAGUAGUACUAGUAUUGUAGUAGAAGUAAUGGAGUAGGUCUCAGGCCAAGGAAGGGGAGCACUACAGGAGAACUAAAGACUGUAAUAAAGUUGGUAGAAUUACCGACAAUA